CAACGACGACAGUAGACAUCUACCCAUCAUGCCAGGGCCCAGUAAGAAAGGAAAAUACAAGCAUAAGAAAGCUGGCCCGUCGCGGUCUGGCGGCAGCCUUGACUGGGCGUCCAUCGCGCGCGACCACAAGGACCUGGGCGACAUCGACAACGCGUUCGAGUGGUCCGUGAUAGUUAACGUGCUCUGCACGCACUUUGAUAUCCCAGAUCUGCAGACGCGGAGAGGGUUGAAAAAGGCCUAUAGUGACUUCGACAGGAUCAGCAGGAGACUCGAAGAUGCCUACGAAAAGGGCUCUAGCGACUGGAAGCUUGCGGGCGGCAUUGUGGCCAUAUACGCCAAGAUGUGCUCGGAUUCGCUCCUGCGUAACAAGGUCUUUGGCCAAAAAUACUUGGACAAGUGCAUGUCGUUAGUGGACGAGGAACCUUGUCGCCACCUUGUUCUCCGUUCCCUCUCGACUGUCACCCAUCACGGUGGCGUAGAGAUUCGCACGGAAAUAGCUAAGAGCACGACCUCAAAACUGGUGGAUCUCAUGGUGGCAUACCCGGAUGAUCGUGUGCUCAUCGAAUUCGCUGUAUCUAUCCUCUCUCACAGCGUCUCGUGCAUACUCUCGGACUUACAGCGUCCGCCGUCCGACGCGACGUUGAAGAACCUGAACUUCCCGCGCGUUCUCAAGCAAAUCGUAGCCGCUCUCUUCAAGCCGUUCGCUACGCCGCUCAUCAUCGACCAUGCCGUCGACCUCCUGGCUAUGGGGACUAUGCGAGCAAACGACGCGUACAAUGCCGUACCCAGCGCCUUCGAGUUCCUCGUGGCGGGCCUGAAUAGCCCAGACUGGAUUUUCCGCGCCACUUGUCUAGGCGGCAUCAUCCGACGAUACCGGCACGAGGCCGAGAACGAAAACGGUCACCUCGAUCCUUACAAGUUCAUGGCUGGCAUCAGAAACCUCCCGUCCCACCUCCAGAAAAUCAUCAUGGACUACGGCAUGCAGCGCUCGGACAUGUACAUCAUCACCCGCACUUCGACGGAAUUCCAGCAGGCUAUGAUGGAGGUCGUCUCAAACAAGGACCUCGCGGGCCUGGGACGGAAGCUCGUCGACUUCAUCCACCGCACCGAAUUCUCCAUCGCGGAAGGCGCAUUCCAGACGCAAAACCCACGGACGGGAAAGGUGGAGUUCAUGACCGACCUAGGGCUGCCGUUCCAUAUGUGGAGCGAAGCGCUCCCGCACUGCGCGAAGGCGCUCCGCGCGCAAGGCGACCUCGACUCCGCUGACAUCCUCGAGAUCAAGUACGCGAUCAUGCGCCAGAGGGUCCCGGACGCGGCAGAGAUAGGGAAGCGGGCGCUCGUGCGGAACCCGCAGAAGGCGUAUUUCCAGUACGCGAUCAGCCUCGUCGCGGAUCGCCAGAUCGGCCUGCGUGCGUGCAAGAAGGGGCUGAAGUGCAAGCAGACGUCGCCGUUUGUGUACUUCCAGCUCCUGCAGCGCGCGGUAGAGCAUGCGGGGGAUCUGGGUAUCCAGCUGCUGCAAGAGGCGCCGGCUGUAGGUGCUAUGCACCACGAUCCCGAGGGCGCGCGGCGAUACCAUGAGGGCAUUGCAUUCUUAAUGAGCGCAGCUGAGGAUGCGAAGACGUUUGUGGAGGAGGCUCCGCCGGAUAACCGGCACAUGAAGUCUGUUCUAUACUGGCGUAUUCUCCUCACAUUCCUCUUGAGAGAGAAUCCUAUAGGGCCUGAUAUGAAGGAGGUACAGCCGCUCGUCCGAAAGCUGAAGACCGCCGACGAGUUCAGCAUGGCGAUUGGCGUCGUACCACCCAAGUCGAACCUACGUCUGGCCCAACAGGCCGUCCUGCGCCAUUACCCCGCUGCGAUCGAGGAUUGGGGUCAUGUCAUAGCGCGGACGGGGAACUCCGCCUCGUCGUGCAGCGUGCAGCCCGAAAGCGCAGCCGACGACCUCGCGGCUUGGCUGGACGACAUGCGCCUGGAGGAGGGCGAGACUGCUGACGCCGGUGACGAGCACCACCACGAUCAUGCGCAUGCAGAGCCUCGGGAAUUCAAGAAGAGCGACUUCGAGCUGUACCGCUGUUCAUACUGUCGUAAUCCGAGCGCUGUGUUGCGCAAGUGCGGGGGCUGCUCGAAGGCGAGGUACUGCGACGCCGAAUGUCAGAAGCUCGGCUGGGCAGCGCACAAGAAGACGUGCAAGUCUGCGGCAUAGACGAUCUACUCUGCCGGGUCGUCAGAUCUCUCACUCGGCCUUCCAUCUCCUCAUUGUACAGCUAUCUGAUCUGUUCAUGUAUCACUGCUUCAUCGACUUCUUCCAUCUGUAUUCCAUCCGUCGUCGUGUAUCUGACCAUCCCUUGGACUUUGUCGCACUGAUUAGCCUUCUCGUCUCUCAGGGGUGACCG